AUGGCCCGUUACAGCAUGAAGAGCGCAAACAAAGGUUGUUGUAUUGUCUGUUCUGAUCGAGAAAACAGCAGGGAAUGGCGCGCCGCGCGGACUCGUUUCGCGGUCGCCGAAACAAGCAUCGCAGCAGGAUAUGUCUUGGAUGAUGAUCACAACUAA